UGCGGAACUCUCCUUUUUGUCCGCUGUUGUUGUUUUUGUCUCAGCCUCACCACCUGACCAAUUGCGCCAAACGGUCUCGAGGUCGCGUGUGCGUUAAACCCAUAGCCGUCGGUCACUCAAGCGUUGUAAAAGGAGCAUCUAGGGGACCUCGAAGGAUUCCGACAGCUCCACCGGCGUUCCGAAGUGUACCGCCUGGCCAAGCACCCAACCAUCGCCAUGUUCUUCAUCAGCGCCAUUGUGAAGAACAUUGCGCCCGUAUUCAUAGCAACAAGUCCAAUCACCAGCUAUGGCGACCAGAUCUACAGCAUGCACCGAGCCCGCAGCUCUGCCGGCUUCUCCCUCGACAUCCCGCUCAUCAUGCUCGUCGCCAGCAUCCUGAAAGUCUACUACUGGUUCGGCGCCCACUUCAGCACCUCGCUGCUCGUCCAGGCUCUCCUCAUGAUAUGCGUCCAUCUGCUCCUCCUCCAUGUCGCGCUUACGAACCGACCGCCGCCCUCGCACCUCCCCUUCCAACAUAAAGAUGUGUCGAACCGCCCAUACGACUUCUGGCAAUGGAGGGCGCCGAGACCCUAUUGGACAUUCAUCACCUACUUUACCGGCGUGUUGCUGGUGCUGCACUUGGUCAUGUCGUCGACAAGCAUUUUCGUCCCGUACACGGAUCUGCUGGGUAUGGUUGCGUUGACUAUUGAGGCUACGCUCCCGCUCCCGCAACUCCUGGCUAAUUACCAGAGACGCGGGUGCAAAGGCUUCAGACCCAGCGUUAUUGUCAACUGGGUUAUUGGUGAUACGUUCAAGAUGUGGUUCUUCUUUGCUAGUAGCAGUGGUGAAGUACCUUGGGCUUUCAAGGCAUGUGGUAUCUUCCAGGCAUGCUGUGAUCUGGGCCUCGCAGCGCAGUAUUUGAUUUGGGGUGACGGGCCUGUAGGUGUCGAGGGACUGGGAAGAGAGAAAGAGGUUCGAAGCCCAAUCCCACCUGAGGAUGGAUGGAAUGCUGAGAAGCUGGGACAGGCAGGUGUGACAGGAGGUAUUGAGAUGAGCGAUGGACAGGCUUGGGAGAGACCGAGGGCUGCGUAGGCUCCGAUGAAGAUAGAUGAAGCUACCAUGUAAGACAUGCUUAUAUACAGAUAUCAGGUAUGUCGAAAUAAUAUUAUUAUCGCGCAUAUCCAGAUAACGCGACUGCUUGAGGACUGCCUGAGCAUCACAAGGCGGAUCCACGCAAAUACCAUAUCAACCGCCACAUGAUCUCUUCAUUUGACCCAAUGCAGUGUAUACAGUUCACACUACAUAGUUCGUUCCCAGAGUACGCCUCAUCCCUUCUUAUCACCUGCUGUGGACAAAAUUCAGAU